AUCCGCCAUGUUAUUCAGCUAACUUCACAUUGGUGUGCUCUCCAAAACAAAUACGUGACUGCGUCGUGCGAUCCAUUGUUUAUCGUCCAUAAAAACAAAAUAAACGUGACCCACAUUUUUGUGCGAGUCCUAUCAGAGUCUAAUUCGAGUUAUUUGCAGGCAUUUAAUCUCGAUUUAUAUUACUAAAUCAUAUCGUAAUGGAAGUCGAGCGAUUCGCUUCCGAUUCUGAGAACGUGGCGGUGGACGAUAACGAAAAGCCGGUUGUAGACGAAGGCGCCGGAGAUGCGGCGACUUCCCACUCGGAGCGUCUGCGACGCAAAAAUAAGAAGUACUGGCGCUCUAACAGCAAGGAGGGCCCGGUGAAUGCGACGGCUGUGACGCCGUUACCUAAGUACAGGAGCUGGAAAAACAGCCGUAGACCACGCAACGGGCAUGGAAGAGGCUUGCCGAAGAAAGGCGGUGCUGGCGGCAAAGGUGUCUGGGGUGUACCUGGGUCUGAACUGCUCGAGGAGUACGUGGAAGACGCUAAUGACCCCAACUAUGAUUCCGAAGCCAUCACCAAUGGAGACGUUGAGUUCAAGCAGAUCAUUGUUGACGCUGAACCGGAGGAGGUUGUUCGUAAAUCGGAGCCGGUUAUCUUGGAGUACUUUGAACAUGGAGACACGAAUGCUGCUGCAGAAGACUUCUUGGAAUUUGUCACCGCUAACAGAAGCCAUUUGGUUUGCGAGACAAUUGUGGAGAUAGCAUUGGACCAUAAACCGUCUCACUGCGAAAUGGCAUCGUUCCUGAUCUCAGAUCUUUAUGGAAGAGUCUUUUCCGCAAAGGAUAUCGGCAUCGCAUUUGACCGCCUCCUGGAGAAGCUACCGGACCUGAUCCUGGAUACUCCUGACGCGCCAGUACUACUGUCCAACUUCAUAGCCCGCUGUGUCGCUGAUGAUUGUCUACCACCGCGCUUCGUGCAGUCAGCCAAGGACCGACCAGACCUUAAUACUCAGGCUAAACAAGCUAUACAUAGGGCUGAAACGUUGCUAUCCAUGAAACAAGGCAUGGUGCGACUGGACAACAUAUGGGGCGUCGGAGGUGGCAUCAGACCGGUGAAGUCCCUGAUCCGUCAAAUCCAGUUACUCCUGAAGGAGUAUCUGACGUCGAGUGACCUCGCUGAGGCCAUGAGAUGUGUCAGAGAGCUGGAAGUACCACAUUUCCACCAUGAAUUAGUUUAUGAGACCGUCCUCCUAGCGGUGGAAGCGAUAAACUCGAGUGUGGAGGACCAACUCUGUUCGUUCCUCGCCGAGCUGCACAGGUGUGUCAUAGUCAGCCCCGACCAGAUGGACAGGGGUUUCCUCCGCGUGCUGGAGGAUAUGUCGGACAUAGUACUGGACGUGCCGCUUGCGUACAUCAUGUUGGAUCGGUUCAUGGAGAAGUGUCAGCAGAAGUUCCGGCUCGGAGACGACGUGCUCAAACGGGUGCCCACCAGGGGCCGCAAACGUUUCGUCUCCGAGGGCGACGGCGGCAUCAUCAAAGACCACGCUUUAAAACUGCGCGAGUAGACACGCCGACACACGGAGCCCUACGCCAGACGCCAGCGGAGCCCUAGACCACAGCCAACCCACCAGAAGAAACACGUCAACCUUACCUGAAGGUAGCCCUAUACAACAAGCAUAACAAAAUUAUCCCUAAUCCCCAAAUCCCAAAUCCCUAUAAUCCCCAAACGGCCGACAACUCCUCUAGUGUUGCCAUGUCCAUGGGCGAUAAUGAUUAGCGUAAUCGGUUCAGCUGUUCUCGAGAUUUUCGCUUACAAAGACAUUUUUACAAGACAGCGAUUCAUUUUUCUAUUAUAGUAUAUAAAUGUUGUAGAAAUUAUAUAUUAUAUACCAUUGUUAGACGCAGACAAACUUUAACCGGUGUUAUAGAUCGUAGUAGAGAUCGCUACUCAAGUAAAGUAUGAUAUAAUUCGGUAUACUUCAUCUCACGGCACGAUUUGAAUUGCACAGCAUUUAUUGGGUACUUUACUUAAUCAAAAGUAAAUUAUUUCGACUGUUCAAUAUUAAAAAAUAAUCACACUUUCAUUAAUUGAUUUUACGAUCAACUUAAUUUUAGUAUUUUUCCAGCGAAUUGUAAGAAAUGAGUAUGAUGUUUGACGCUGUAAAAACGUGACGUCACAAUACACAAUCUCGUACAAAAUUCAUAGAAAGCUGUCGUUUUUGACAGUUCGAAAAAAA